GCUCGAAUACCGUCUCCGGCUUACAUGAUGAACUAGAUAUCGGUGUUCAACGCACCGUAUUUAAAGACGGCUUUGACUAACCCGUAUGCAUAGCAUUCCUCUCCUCCAUUCUAACGUUGGUUCCUCCAUCGCUACUCGCUAGCGCCGCACUGAACGAAGACUCUGAAAAUCGCCGUCAGUGCUGUACAGAUCGGGUCUUCUUCGCGUCUCGUGCUGUGAGAGGAAGUUCAUGGCAUCAAAGUUGCAUCAAUUGCAAGCUAAGGCUUGUCAGGCAUCACAGUUUGUCGCCAAGCAUGGAUGUUCCUACUACAAGCAAUUGAUGGAAAAGAACAAGCAAUAUGUUGUUGAACCACCUACUGUGGAGAAAUGCAACCUCCUUUCGAAACAACUCUUUUAUACUCGUCUUGCUAGUAUUCCUGGCCGUUACGAGUCAUUCUGGAAAGAACUCGACUGUGUCAAGCAACUCUGGAAAAACAGGCAGGAGCUAAAAGUUGAGGAUGCUGGAAUUGCUGCUCUGUUCGGAUUAGAGUGCUACGCGUGGUACUGCGCUGGUGAGAUUGUGGGGAGAGGAUUUACAUUCACCGGAUACUAUCCCUAAGGGCGCCGGAUACCACUGGGGGCAGACACGUUAGGAAAAACUUGUGGGUUUUCAUUUAUAUGCUUCUCAUGAGUGUGAUUUGAUUCACUGACUUCAUUCUUCGUGCAAAAUUUUGUUCUUUCUGCCAAAGUUUUGAAGCUGUCAAGUCAGCAAUACCAGUGCUGUAGCGUUAAUAAUCUCUUCAUUGGUAAUUUUUCACUUCAUCUGUGUACUGCACAAUUUUUUUUUAGUAAUUUAUAUCCAAAGUUACUUUUAACGA